AUGCCGGGAGUACGUUUCGCCCGGAUUGCACUGGAGCGAAUUACAAGUUGACAACAUCAUCUGUACCUCGCGUGCAUUUUUUACGGCAAGAAUGCAGUCGGCGGCACAAUCCGAGAUAGAUAUGCGCCACGUUGAGGCUCCGAGGAACAUUAUCUUGGACUGCGACGCUGGUAUCGACGAUGCUCUGGCUUUGAUCGUUCUCCUAGCCGGUCACACGGAAGGGAGAGUCAACGUUAAAGCAAUCACUUGUGUUAACGGUAACACUAAAGUGGACAAUGUGGUGAGAAACGUGUUCAGAACGCUGCACGUGUGCAACUGUACCGAUAUACCUGUUUAUCGAGGAGCGUACUCGCCCCUGUUGGAUACUCCGAACGCCAAAGAAACAGCAUUAGAGCAUUAUCAUGGAGCUGAUGGAUUCGGAGAUGCAUUUACCGAUGAUCCUGAUACAAGUAAACUUGAAGAAGAGCACGCCGCGUGCGCUAUACACAGAAUCACUUCGGAGGAUCCAGGUAACGUCUCCGUGAUCUGCAUGGGUCCCCUGACGAACAUAGCGAUGACUAUGAAACUCUACCCAGAGUUUGUGGAUAAUGUGAAGGAGUUUUUUGUGAUGGGCGGAAAUUCAACGGCGCAGGGUAACAUAACUGCGCAGGCGGAAUUUAAUUUCUACGCAGACCCGGAAAGCGUGCACAUUGUACUCAACAGCAACAACAAACCUUUGUGGUUGUUACCAUGGGAGUCCUGUUUAGAGAGUAGAAUCACACAUGAAUGGCGAAUGAACGUGUUGGGCAAAAUAGACAAACCGUGCGUGCACAUGAUGAACGCAAUCGAGGACAGUAGACGCUCGCAAGGGAAAAAGCUAUUUCCUCAUUAUACUAUGUGCGAUGCUUUCUUAGCCGGAAUUGCAUUGGUACCUCAUAUGGCUAAGAAUGUUGUCGCGUGGCACGCGGACAUCGAAUUGAACGGCAACAGAACUCGGGGCCAAGUAGUCCUUGAUCAUUUGUUGUCGAACAAACCGAAUGUAAAUUUGAUACAUAGUUUUGAUUCCGACAUUUUUAAGAAGAUACUACUGGAUGCAGUAAACACGAUUCCUGAUUAUCGGACGUAAUAGGGAGUAACGAGGAAAAGGACGGGAUAUUAUUCCGAGAGAAUAAUAAAAGACAUAAGAAGAGACUAGAAAACUCAUUUUCAAGGUUAUAUUGUUAAAAAAAAACAACGAAAUGGAUUUGAUGGCUCUUAUCCCUGAUUUUACGACGACACCAAUUAUUCAGGUAUGCGAUCAUCAUCCAGGAGAAAUGUCAAGAUAGAAUUCUAUUCUAAUUUCAUAUCACUCAAUAUCUACUCGUGUGAUAUAAUUUAUAUAAUUUAGCAAGAAACUUAUUCAGGUAUUAAAAUUAUAGAGAAAACUCCUCU